GUAUACACGCAUUAAAUUUUGAACAAACAUGCCAGUGAUUGUUUGUACAAAUCGUACGCUCCCAAACUUAUAUAUUUUUUUUUUACGUCGCCACGCUGAAAAAAUAUAGUCGAGGUAGUUCCACUGUUCAUCUCUUCACAACAAACGCAAAUUUUAAAUGGACUCGAUGAAUGAUACGUGCCCUCUACUCUCAACCUACAGUUUUCUGCAACCCUUAUCAACUCUGCCAAUUUUAGCGCCUUUAAUUCUUUCAAACUGUCACCUUACAUCACCUUAUCCCAGCAACAAGGCUUUCAAUGUGUACCUGCAACAUGACCCCGAAUAUGAUUUCAUAAUAAUCGGAGCAGGAUCAGCCGGAUGCGUAAUCGCGAAUCGUCUGAGCGAAAUAUCGAACUGGAAAGUCCUGCUAAUCGAGGCAGGAACAGAUCCACCUAUCCUUUCCGACAUACCUAGCUUAUUUCCACUACUCUUGCAGACUCCUUACGACUGGGAUUAUUCCACAGAACCAGCCACUCAAUCUUGUCUCGGGUAUGUCAACAAUCAAUGUAAAUGGCCCAGAGGUAAAACCCUAGGUGGAAGUAGUUCGAUAAACGCCAUGCUUGCGGUACGUGGCAAUCGAAAGGAUUACGAUAAUUGGGAAUCGAUGGGUAACCCAGGAUGGGGUUAUGAUCACGUGAUGAAAUAUUUCAAGAAAUUGGAACGAGUGUUCAUACCCAGAUGGGGUAAUGACAGCACACUUGGGUAUGCUGGUAACGUGUUUGUGGAAGAUUAUACCAAUAAUACUCUAUACGAUAUUAGAAAAAUAAUCAAUUAUAUGGCUAAAUAUUACGCCGACUUGGGCUAUAAUACAGUCGAAGAUUUCUACGCCCAUCCUCGAGCUGGUUUAACCUCUCUUCCUGGUACCUUACGAGACGAUGUAAGAUGGAGUUCAGCUAAAGCAUACCUGACUCCGGCACGUAACAGGCCAAAUUUGGUGGUAAUGAAAUCAACACUGGCCACUAAAAUAUUAAUAAAUGAGCGUAAGAAAGCGUACGGGGUCGAAGUGCUCAACUAUGGCAAAUACAAGAAAAUUUAUUGCAAAAAAGAAGUCAUCGUUUCAGCCGGAUCGAUUAAUUCACCUCAGAUACUCAUGCUUUCCGGAAUUGGUCCCAAAAACCACUUAAGAGAAUUGAACAUUGACACGAUUCAAGAUCUAAAAGUAGGCUAUAAUUUACAAGAUCACAUCGCCAUGGUAGCUUAUGUAGCUCAAUUAAAUCUGAAAAACUACACGCUAGAUUUACGACUCUUGGAUUUCCCAUAUGGUUAUUUAUCAGAAAGAAUAGACACUGGUAUCCUUCCAAACACCAUGUUAUUCUUUAACACCACAGGUAACACCGAAGAUUAUCCAGAUAUUCAAACAUAUCACAUUCUGGUUCCUAGAAUACCCAUGCCUAUAUUUUUACCUUUUCCUUUGGAAGGUUUAAGAGUAGAAACUGUAAACAAAAUAAUAAAUCUGGCUGAAAAAGCUCCAUCUAUACUAAUAACUCCAGCGCUAGUCAGACCUAAGAGCAGAGGAAGAGUUUAUCUCAAUAGCAAGGAUCCUUUAGACAAAAUAAAAAUUAUUAGCGGAUAUUUAACUGCAGAAGAAGAUGUUAAGACGAUGGUCGAAGUGUUUAAGAUAUUGAGAAAAUUAUCCCAAUCGCAAGCUUUUAAACAGCAUGCUACAUUAACUCAUAUACCGGUGGAAGUUUGCUCCAAAUUUGUGAUAAAUUCAGAUCGAUAUUACGAAUGCUUAUUGCGACAUUUAUGUACAACUGCCUAUCAUCCUAGUGGUACGUGUAAAAUGGGACCUUCGCAUGAUGCAGAUGCAGUAGUGAGCCCAGAACUGAAAAUGUAUGGGAUUAGUGGGCUUAGGGUUGCUGAUUCAUCCAUUAUGCCGCAAGUGACCAGUAGUAAUACAAAUAUACCGACUAUGAUGAUAGGAGAAAAGGCUUCCGAUAUGAUCAAAAAAGACUGGUUGUAAUAGUUUUUUGAAUGUGCUGAAAUUAUAAAGUCAUUCAAAAUGUGAAAGAAAUAAAAUUUCAUAAAAUCA